AUGUACAUGACCAACGAAGCUGAAGAUUUCGGGUCGCCAUCGCCUGCUCCCGAAGCUGAGGAGCCUGUUUCAAAAGAGCCAGAAGAGGGCAAUUUGGCCGACGAGUUCGGAGACGGUGGUUUAUUGGGAGCUUUGAAACGUUCUAGAAAGAGAAAGGACCAGAAGAAGGAGCAAGAGGAAGCUGAACAAGCCGAAAAGGCUGCUGCUGACGCUGCUGCUGCUGCCGUCACUGUCAAGAGUAAGAAGGAGAAGGAAAAGGAGAAGAAGGAGAGAGAAAAGGCUAAAAAGAAGGCCCAGGCUGAGCGUAAGAAGACUGCUCCUGCUGUUGAAAAGAAACCUAAAGCCAGCUCUCCUGGUCCUGAAUCGACUACUUCGAGUACGACCUCGUCCACCACCACCAGCUCUGCCCCAGCUAAGAAGAAGACCGGUAAGAGUGCUAUUGCAGCAGCUCUUCAAAAACAAAUUGCUGCUAGAAAGGCUGCUGAAGAGGCUCAAAAAUUGGCUGAAGAGGAAGAGCUGCGAAAGAUUGAGGAGGAGGAGAAACGUCUAGCUGAAGAGGAGAGACUUAGAGAGGAAGCCAGACAAAAGAAGAAGGAGAAGGAAAAGGCCAAGCGUGAGGAGCUCAAGGCUGCCGGAAAGUUCUUGACUAAAAAGCAAAAGGAACAGAUCGCUUUACAAGAGAAGCGUCGUCAGGAUCUGCUUGCUUCAGGUGUCAAGGUCGAGGGUCUUUCGGGAGCUGUUGAAAAGCCUAAGAAGGUUGUAUAUGGCAAGAAGAAGAGCACUAAGAAGUCAGCCAUUGAAGGUGUUGCCCAAGAGGCCACUCCUGAGGCUACUCCUGAAGCCACUCCUGAACCAGAAUCUGUUUCUGCUACUGCUACUAAAGAAGUCGAGCCUGUUGCCGCUGCUACCCCAGAGGUUGAAGAGGAAGAGGCUUUGAUUGACGAUUGGGAGGCUGCUAUUGAUUCUGAUGGUGAAGUUAAGGAUAACUGGGAGGCUUUGGACGAUGAAGAGGAAGAAAAGAAAGAGGCUGAGGAGGCCAAGGUUGAGGCUGCCAAGACUGAAACCAAGGCUGCUGAAGCUAAGAAGGGUAAUGCUGCUGUUAAAGAGAAUGGUACUUCUAAGGAUGCCGGUGCCAGUGAUGCAGCUGCCAAGGCUGCUCACGAUGCCGCUGAAGCUGCUCAUAAUGCUGAUGAGGACUCGCUUCAAAAGGCAGUUGCCAAGGCCAGUAAGAGACAAGCUCUUAUUAACGAAAAGCGUGAAGAGCGUGAAAGAAAGGCUAUAGCCGGAGCAUCUGCUUCCAACCUUCGUUCUCCCAUUUGCUGUAUUCUUGGUCACGUCGAUACCGGUAAGACAAAGCUUCUUGACAAGGUUCGUCAAACCAACGUUCAAGAGGGUGAAGCCGGUGGUAUUACCCAACAAAUCGGUGCUACCUACUUUCCUAUCGAUGCUAUUGAGCAAAAGACUGCUGUUAUGAAGCAGUUUGUCAAUGUCCAAUACAAUGUUCCUGGUCUUUUGGUUAUUGAUACCCCAGGUCACGAGUCUUUCUCUAACUUGCGUUCGCGUGGUUCGUCUCUUUGUAAUAUUGCUAUUUUGGUUGUCGAUAUCAUGCACGGUUUGGAGCCUCAGACUAUUGAAUCAAUCCGUUUGUUGCGUGACAGAAAGACUCCUUUCGUGGUUGCACUUAACAAGAUUGAUCGUUUGUACGACUGGGAAUCGACUCCUAACAACUCAUUCAGAGACUCAUUUGCCAAGCAAAAGAGAUCAGUUAAGAGCGAGUUCCAAGACCGUCUUGAGAAGACCAAGCUUGCAUUUGCUGAACAAGGUUUCAACUCUGAACUUUACUUCCAAAAUGACAAUUUGUCCAAGACUUUGUCUUUGGUUCCUACAUCUGCUAUCACUGGUGAGGGUAUCCCAGAUCUUUUGUAUCUGCUGUUAGAAUUGACUCAAUCCAGAAUGAGCAAGCAGUUGAUGUACUUGUCCCAACUUGAGGCCACUGUUUUGGAAGUCAAGGUCAUUGAGGGUCUUGGUACCACUAUCGAUGUUGUUUUAUCCAAUGGUAUUCUCCGUGAAGGUGACCGUAUAGUUUUGUGUGGACAGAAUGGACCUAUUGCUACAAACGUACGUGCUCUGCUAACGCCUCAACCAUUACGAGAAUUGCGUCUCAAGUCAGCUUAUGUGCAUCACAAGGAAGUCAAGGCCGCUCUUGGUGUUAAGAUUGCUGCUAAUGAUUUGGAGCACGCUGUUGCCGGUUCGCGACUUUUGUUGGUUGGUCCUGAUGACGAUGAAGAGGAGCUCAUGGACGAUGUCAUGGACGAUUUGACUGGAUUGUUGGACUCUGUAGACAAGUCUGGUAGAGGUGUAUGUGUCCAAGCAUCGACUUUGGGUGCUUUGGAGGCUUUGUUGGAUUUCUUGAAGGAUAUGAAGAUUCCUGUCAUGUCUAUUGCCAUUGGUCCUGUUUACAAGCGUGAUGUUAUGCGUGCCACUACCAUGCUUGAAAAGGCCAAGGAAUAUGCUCUCAUGUUAUGUUUCGAUGUAAAGAUUGACAAGGAAGCUCAACAAUAUGCUGAUGAGCAAGGAAUCAAGAUUUUCACUGCCGAUAUUAUCUAUCACUUGUUCGACGACUUUACUAAAUACCAAAAGGAGUUGCUCGAUCAGAGAAAGAAGGAUCACAUGCACGAGGCUAUCUACCCAUGUAUUUUGAAAACCAUCCAGGUCAUCAACAAUAGACACCCUAUGAUUGUGGGUGUUGAUGUUGUUGAGGGAAGUAUACGUGUUGGUACUCCUAUUUCGGUUGUUAAGACCGAUCCUGUCACGAACCAGAAGAAUAUUGUCAACCUUGGCACCGUGCAGUCGCUUGAGGUCAACCACAAGACUGUCGACAUUGUGCGCAAGGGUCAAACCAAUGCUGGUGUGGCUGUCAGACUUGAGGCUCCUUCUGGUAUUCCCCCUACCUGGGGCCGUCACAUGGACGAAUCUGACCCUCUGUACUCUCACAUCACCAGAAAGUCGAUCGACAUGCUCAAAGACCCUGCCUUCAGAAAUGAUGUGCCUCGUGAGGACUGGCUCCUUAUCAAGCACCUCAAACCAUUUUUUGAUAUCAAAUAA